ACACACACACACCGCCGUUCACACCGAGACGACGGCCACCUGCAGAGGUCCUUCUGCGCCAUGUUGGCCGAGGGGUUCCUCAGGGUGCUCUGCUACCGGGAGGAGGGGAAGCUCGCCUCCGCUUCACACGCCCGGCUCUCCGACCCGUCGGGCCCCCGGACGGAGGGAGUCGAAGCAGGUCCAAACAGGCAGGAACUCGACUCCGCCCAACGCCAGGGACUGACCGUGGCGCCUGAAGGUCCCGCGGGCCUCCUAAUCCCUGGUUGUGAACCGGUCUUCGCCCUGGACACGGACUAUAGCGUUUGCUUGGACAACUGCAGCCUCCUGGAGCAGUAUCCAGAUCUGCAGGUGGCCACCAUCCCCCAGCACGCCCUCUACACUCCCACCUCUGAACCCGGCGGCCGUCAGCCAGAGUGGGCGGCCCACCCGGGGCCUCGCGGCGAGCCCGUCUCCAUACCGGACCAGGGUUAUCUGGCUAUGGGGCCCAGUGUGAGCAGCAGCUUGGAUCCGCCCGGGUCCGGCUUGGAGCCGAUGUCUAACUCGGUGCUGAACGGGCUGCUGGAGAAGCAGCUGGAGGAGGUGUACAUGCAGCACCUGACUGACAACCUGGCUCGAUGCAACUCCCACCUGGGCAACAGCCUGCUGCACGGCCUGGUGCCGCCGCCGCAGCACGGGGGCGGCGGCAGACACACUGGGGGGCCGGACUCACUGGAGGCCAGUCUGGAACCGGAAUCAGGAGGGCACAGGGGCAAGAAGACGAGUUACCUGAGCACCCAGAACUUGGUUCACUGCUCGUCCAACUUCAGCUCUCCUGUUUUGAGGAUUUCGGAGGCUGAAAAUACUCGUCGGUGUUAAAUGUGACACUCAUCACACCCGAGGUGGGAAGACAAGUGAGAUCCAUCAGAUGAAUGCACGCUUUGAUUAUUUGUGUACCUCUAUUUACACGAUGUCUUUAUUUACCUUCUUGCCAGACGUGAACUGUUCUUGCUCUCAUGUGCCACCUGCUGUUCGGUUUGAGAACUACACCCUCCUGUUCCGGGUGAAACAUUUGAAUUCAUCGUAUUGAUAUGUGCACGGGAGUUAUUUGUUAUUAUGAAGCAAAGAAUAAUCCAGCGUUAGAUGUAGAUUCACCCUCUGCAAUGAA